UGCUACUGUACUAUUUAUUUGCAGUCUCAGCUUCCAUGGAACAGAACGUAAUAUCCAUCUCUAUAAAAGUCGCGUUAGUGUGGGGUUGAUGUAAAACAAAAGCGGCGUUACUUUAAGAAACAAGUUAAUUUUGGUUCUGUUAGCACUUAAUUUUUUUGCAAGAACAAAUUUCAAACAAUACGCUUAUCAGAUGAUCUGUCAACUCGGCAACUCUGUUCGCUCGCUACAUAGUGAGUUAAGGAGACGGUGAGAUAAAAUACAUUAAAACUGUUUCCCAAUUUCCCACCAACAGUAGCCAUUCAAUUCAAUUAAAUUACCCCAGUAUUAAUCGUUAGAACAUGCAUCACUUAGAAAAAAAAAUCUAGUGGGUUGCUUGUUUUAGUUAACCAAGUCAAUAUCUAGUUGGUUUGCUAUAUAUUUUUCAUUAAACUGCCCGUAGAUGUGCCUGGAUUGUGUUGCCUAAAUCGUACUCGGCAGUCGGGGAUGAAGCCGUUCUUGCGUGCCAGUGCUUGGGGAUUCUACUAUACGCAGUUUAUGCUGGAACAAAACCAAGCCUAAUUUCGCUGUCAAUUCCGAGAAAGAAGAAGUAAUACUUCAUCAUCAUAUACAAAACGUUGCAAUAGUCAACUCGUCGGUCUAUCUUGCCCUGCAGCACCUUGCUUGCUAGCUAGCUAGCAGGCUAACUCUGAAAAUUGCUGGAGCUUUUCACCAGACUACAGUGACGUAGAAAAACAGAACCAGGUUGCGGCGGAGGCCCUGCUCCCUCCCUCCUUCCUCCUUUCAGCGAGCAGCCUGAUUGGACCGGGCCUGGAAAACAGCUCAGAAAUCACUAUGUAUAGGCCCCGACAUCUGCACCGUGGGAAUAAUAACCAAGCAGUGUAAUUCAAAUAAAUUUGGAUAUGAUAUUUUCAUAGGACAGGAAACGGGGAUUGGAAAACAGGUUAUUGUCCUCCCUGGAAGGAAAAUAAAGAAACAUUUGUCAAUUGCUUGAAUUGUGUGAGGACAGUGCAACAAAUGUGAAGGUAUUACUAAUACGCUUGAGAAGCAGGAGAUAAUGGACCGGGAUGGAGGGGUCUUGGAACUUCAGCUGCAUGAUUCAAAAAUGCCUCAUACAAUGAUAAUGCAGGACUUUGUAGCGGGCAUGGGUGGAAUGGCCCACUUGGACGGUGAACACAUCGUGGUGUCCGUGCCGGAGGCAGUGCUGGUCUCUGAUGUGGUGACUGAUGAGUGCAUCACUCUUGAUCCUGGGCUGGAGGCGGAGGUCCUGGAGGGGCCGGACAUUGGGCCCGACGACGUGGUAGCAGAAGAGGGCAUGAUUGUGGCGGAGUCCGUGCUGGGGACGGAGGUGGCCAUUCAGGAAGAAGUGGAUUGUAACCAUCAUGUUCUGACUGCUGACCCGAAUGAGGAGUCGGUGCACGUCCCCGAUCAGGUCUUUGAGAUGGUGUCCGGGGAAGUCAUGGUCUCCGACUGCGACUCGGAGACGGUGAUCCAGGCGCAUGAGGGUAUGCCAGCUUCCACAGUUACCAUCAAACAGCAUGACGAUGAGGACUGCAGGAGUACCUCACAGGACUACCUGAUGAUCUCUCUGGAUGAAGUAGGGGAAAAUAUAGACAGAGGAAACACUCACCUGAAGAUAAAUUCUGAGGGUACACAAGAUUCUGGGGCCAAGGACGGUGCUUACAGCUCAGAGGUCAUCAAGGUGUACAUCUUCAAAGCGGAGGCCAACAACGAUGUGGAAAUAGGUGGCACAGAGGUGGUGACAGAGAGCGACCUCCACUGCGGUCACGCUGUGCUGGAGCCGGGCGGCAUUGGCAGGCCACCGCGCGAGAAAAUGGUCUACAUGGCGCUGAAGGACUCCUCACAGGAGGACGAGGACAUCAACUCCACAGAGAUUGCCGAUGAGGUUUACAUGGAGGUGAUUGUGGGAGAAGAGGAGGACCCCUCCAUUCCGGAGUCUCUAGAUGACUCAACUCUCAACAAGAACUUUGUCUCUGUGGCUUGGGCCCCAGCUUAUGGUAACGGCCUGGACAGCAGACUGGAGGGCAAGAACGGUGCUGCCACGCAGUACCUGCAGAUCAGCGACAGCCUGUGCACCAGCAGGGCGCUCAAGCAGAAGGCCAAGAAGAAGAGAGGAGAUGCUCGGCCCUGCCAGACCGCUGUGAUCAUCGGUCCGGAUGGGCAGCCUCUGACGGUCUAUCCCUGCCACAUCUGCGGCAAGAAGUUCAGGUCCCGGGGUUUCCUGAAGCGUCAUAUGAAGAACCACCCGGACCACAUGUUCAAGAAGAAGUACCAGUGCACCGACUGCGACUUCACCACCAACAAGAAGGUCAGCUUCCACAACCACCUGGAGGGCCACAAGCUGAUCACCAAGAGCGAGAAGGUGCCGGAGUUCACCGAGUACACGCGCCGCUACUGCGAGGCCAGCCCGCUCGGCUCCAACAAGCUCAUCCUGCGCGACACGGAGCCCAGGCUGCACAGGUGCAAGUACUGCGACUACGAGACGGCCGAGCAGGGCCUGCUCAACCGCCACCUGCUGGCCGUGCACAGCAAGAACUUCGCCCACGUGUGCGUGGAGUGCGCCAAGGGCUUCCGCCACCCGUCCGAGCUGAAGAAGCACAUGCGCACGCACACGGGCGAGAAGCCCUACCGCUGCCAGCACUGCGAGUUCCGCUGCGCCGACCAGUCCAACCUAAAGACUCACGUCAAGAGCAAGCACGGCGCCGAGCUGCCCUACAAGUGCGGCCACUGCCCGCAGGCCUUCGCCGACGACCGGGAGCUGCAGAGGCACGCGGAGAUCUUCCAGGGCCACAAGGCGCACCAGUGCCCGCACUGCGAGCACAAGAGCACCAACUCCAGCGACCUGAAGCGCCACGUCAUCUCGGUGCACACCAAGGACUUCCCGCACAAGUGCGAGGUGUGCGAGAAGGGCUUCCACCGGCCCUCCGAGCUCAGGAAGCACUCGGAGACCCACAAGGGCAAGCGGGCGCACCAGUGCCGGCACUGCGAGUUCCGGACCUCGGACCCGUUCACGCUCAGCCGCCACAUCCUGUCCGCGCACACCAAGGACCUGCCCUUCAAGUGCAAGCACUGCGCGCGCGGCUUCCGGCAGCACAGCGAGCUGAAGAAGCACAUGAAGACGCACAGCGGCCGCAAGGUCUACCAGUGCCAGUACUGCGACUACAACACCGCGGACGCCUCCGGCUUCAAGCGCCACGUCAUCUCCAUACAUACCAAGGACUACCCCUACCGCUGCGACUACUGCAAGAAAGGCUUCCGCAGGCCCUCGGAGAAGAACCAGCACAUGAUGCGGCACCACAAAGACGUGCUAAUGUAGCGCCGCGCUUGACGCGGCACCACAAAGACGUGCUAAUGUAGCGCGGAGCGUCCCUGCCUGCUCCUCCGGCCUUCUCUGAAGGUCCCUGAAGAGGGGAGAUGUAUUUAUGUUUAUAUAUGUAACAUAAUCGUCCUCUGUUCCACUAUACCUUUUCCAGGAAUGACAUUUUAAGUCUUAACAUUCACUAGCAAAGAGCUGAAACUUGGUGAAGAUGGUUAAAAUAGUUGCAGUUUGUCGGGGGAGCGGAGGUAUUGCGAUUGGGCUAUGGUCACUUCAGCAUUUUAUUUUUAUUUUUAUUUUUAUUUUUUUGCUUGAUGCAGAUUCAUGGCUAAUCAGACAUUCAGGGUCUCAAAUGUCAUGUUGUUUACGAAUUUCUGUAGAAUAAUAUAAAAUGGUACCAUGUGUCCAUAUUGGGAGUAGUCCUUUAAUGUCUCUGUAUCAAGUGGCAAAAUCAGUAUCGGUGGUUUUUUAAGGUGUGCUGCUAUGUGAUCUGUAAAUAUACUGAUGGGCAGAAAAUCCAUUUAAAAUAUUUAAUCCGUAUGGAUUUUAUCAUGAACAAUGUAUCAGCUGUAAAUGACUCGUGCAAUAUUUCAGUAUGGUUGCAGAUUUUGAAUGUUCACUAAUAGGCAGAAUAGGAGGUCUAAUAUUCUGUGUGAUGUGUGCCCUCCAUGGGGUCCUUACCCAUUUGGCCAUGUCAUGACUGCAGGAUUCUUAAUCUGUCUCCUUGGGGGCGGAGUUAUUCCUGAGUACUGACCAUUCACAGAGUACCUGGGGCGGAGUCAAUCCUGAGUACUGACCAUUCACAGAGUACCUGGGGCGGAGUCAAUCCUGAGUACAGACCAUUCACAGAGUACUAGACUGAUCUCGUUUGCACAUUUUCCCAUUUACACAAUAAAGUAGCUGCCCCACCCUGACACUUGCAUUGCCACUAGAGGGGUUGUUUUUCCCAGCUUUUUGUAUUCAUGGAAAUUACGAAUCAGAAAAGCCAACUUGUGUCCCGUAUCAGUGUUGGGAGUGUUGGCAGUAAACACUUUAAAUCUGAGUCUUUAGAGAUUGUGUAGCAGUGCUCAGUUUGGUACAUAUAUUUCUGGUAAAAAUACUCAAUUACAUGUUGCAUUUCAGUGCCUCUCAGUAUAGAUAUGUUAAGGUGCAUCUUUUUGUCUCUUCAUCUGUUUUCAUUUGUUUGGUUUACAUGAGUCUGUGGCUGUGCUAUGCUACACUAGCAGCCAGCUCAGUGAAAAUAUAUACAUCAUGAUGCAGUUUAGCUACAAACUAAUACCUUAAGCUGAAUGAUCCAGUACGUUUUCACCUGGUGAUAGGCCUGUCAUCGCUAAUACCCUCAUAAAUGGUAGGCUAAUCUCAAAUUGCAGGUUGUAGAUCUUCCUAAACAGCCUGCUGUUCUCUCACAGUGAAUAGAUGGAUGCCUUGGAAUCAAAUAUCUAUAAUGUUCUGAAUUCGGUGCUGUGAAUGCCGCUGCUCCAUUUAUCUUGUGUGACACACUCAUGCACAGGUGCGUCAUACUCUCUCCUGAGUAAGUUUAUGGUCAUGCCUCACUCUUAAUGCAGUUUUCAUUUGCAUACAUUUUCACUACAUCCAAUUGAUUCACAAACUCAAAUUUUAUGUACAGGUCAUUACAAUCUGAAUGUUAGUGAGUCACUUUUAGUCAUAGUGUGGUAAUGCAAAUAUUAGAUAGAUACAAGCCUGAAUGAAUGAGUUGAAGGAUGAAAUCAAAAGUGGGACUAUUUGCAUAAACUAUUGUUUAUGAUGAUACAUAUUCGAAUCACAUACAGUCUAUAAUACACUUUUGGGGUGUGGUUGUGCCUUGACCUUAAUACUGUUACUUCAUCACACUCUGAAAAUUUCAUUUCCUUGUGCAGACGAACAUCUGAAACGAUUUCACUUCUUUAAAAUUGUAUGGUAAUGCUUUCGGUCAGUUAUUUUUUCACCAACACGAUUCUCCAGGUGUUCCUGUACGGUCUCACAGAAGUUGGAGUUUAAAGUGAUCUUUCAAAUUCAGAAAUAUAUUGAACAACCAAGCCUCAGGUUGAGGUGGGGUAAUCUCUCACCUACCUGCAGGAACUAACCACAGUGUAACCCGAAAGUGGUUGAUAUACACAAUGUUUUUUUUGUUGUCUUUAACUGCUUGCCAUUAUAGUAACAUAGUGAUGGCCAUGCAGUAACAUUGUUCAUGACUCAGAAUGUCUGCAGUUUUUUUUCAUUGUUUUUUUUUUUGUUUUUUUAACUUUUCUGGUAUAGAGGAACCAAAAUAAAUGUUUUUAUAAGAA